AUGUCGCAUGAAGGGGAAGAGGAUUUAUUGGAAUACUCUGACAAUGAGCAAGAGAUUCAGGUAGAUGCCAAAGAGGCUGCUGACGCCGAAGUUGCUAACGAGGGGAAUACUGAAGCUGCUGAAACCAAUAAUGCUGAUAACGAGAAGAAGGGUUCCUAUGUGGGUAUCCACUCCACAGGUUUCAAGGAUUUCUUGUUGAAGCCUGAGCUGUCAAGGGCUAUUAUUGACUGUGGUUUUGAGCAUCCAUCAGAAGUGCAGCAGCACACAAUUCCUCAGUCCAUUCACGGAACUGACGUCUUAUGCCAGGCUAAGUCCGGUCUAGGUAAGACUGCUGUGUUCGUUUUAUCGACCUUACAACAGUUGGAUCCAGUUCCUGGCGAAGUCUCGGUGGUCGUCAUCUGUAACGCAAGAGAAUUGGCGUAUCAAAUUCGUAACGAGUACUUGAGAUUCUCCAAGUAUAUGCCAGAUGUCAAGACCGCCGUCUUUUAUGGUGGUACUCCGAUCGCAAAGGACGCUGAACUAUUGAAGAAUAAAGACACAGCUCCUCAUAUCGUGGUGGCUACUCCUGGUCGUUUGAAAGCCUUGGUUAGAGACAAGAUGAUCGAUUUAUCCCACGUCAAGAAUUUUGUCAUCGAUGAGUGUGACAAGGUUUUGGAAGAGCUAGAUAUGAGAAGGGAUGUCCAAGAAAUUUUUAGGGCUACCCCUAGAGACAAGCAAGUGAUGAUGUUUUCUGCCACCCUUUCGCAGGAAAUUAGACCAAUUUGCAGACGUUUCUUACAGAACCCAUUGGAGAUCUUUGUCGACGAUGAGGCUAAACUAACACUACAUGGUUUGCAGCAGUAUUAUAUCAAGCUGGAGGAGCGUGAGAAGAACCGUAAAUUAGCUCAACUAUUAGACGAUCUGGAGUUCAACCAGGUUAUCAUCUUUGUGAAGUCGACUUCGAGAGCAAAUGAACUAACCAAGCUGUUGAACGCUUCUAACUUCCCUGCCAUCACUGUUCAUGGACAUAUGAAACAAGAGGAACGUAUUGCGCGUUACAAAGCUUUUAAAGACUUUGAGAAACGUAUAUGUGUCUCCACCGAUGUCUUUGGUAGAGGUAUUGAUAUUGAGCGUAUCAAUUUGGCUAUCAACUAUGAUUUAACAACUGAGGCAGAUCAAUAUUUGCACCGUGUCGGUAGAGCUGGUAGAUUUGGUACCAAGGGUUUGGCUAUCUCAUUUGUGUCUUCGAAGGAAGACGAAGAAGUCUUGACUAAAAUUCAGGAACGUUUCGAUGUUAAGAUUGCCGAAUUCCCAGAGGAAGGUAUCGACCCUUCGACCUAUUUGAACAAUUAG